AUGGUGGGGACGAGGACCCCGCAGAAACAUCAGCCAUAUCUGCGUCCCGUUCGUCUGGCCGACGUACUUCCUGUUCAAUCUCCAUGCGUAGCGUGGGGUCAAAUUCAACGUCGCUGCCUACCAUCUCUUCAUCCUCCACCUCAUAUUCCUCCACUUCCUCUUCAACCUCCUCAAACUCGUCCUCAUACUCCUCGUCUUUGGCUUUCGGGCACAGUCGAAAUCAGCGCCGAGGGGGAAGGGGACAACGAUGUCGGUGUCAAUGCUGCGGGAGCUGCUGUUGAAGGCGAGGACGUCGUUGACGAGGAUGCUAGCGCCCCUAUGCUUGUGUCUAUGCUCGGUGUUGUUGCACCCUCUGUCUUUACGGGGGACAUGGCAGGAAGUGUGGUUAUUAUCGUUGAGGAGGAGGGCGUGGGAGAGGGCGAGAGGGGAGCGAUGCCCGAGGGUGAUGAUGUGGACUUUGAUGGCGGUGAUGACGAGGCAGGCUCCUGGCUGCCAUCGAUGUUGUUGUUGCUGAUGGUGCUGAUGGUGUUAUCGAUAUCAAUAUCGCCGUUGGAGCCAUGUGUGCUCCCUUGGUGGGACAGUCGGGGGUCUGUGGUGACUAUCGAAGGCUUUGCUGAUAUGGACGAUGAAGAUGAAAACGAGGAUGACGGAGAGAGGGACACGGAUGCGGAUGCCGACGCUGCUGCUGCUGUUGUUGUUAUUGUUGUUGUUGUUGUUGUUGCUGCGGCUGUUGAUGGGGAAGCGGAUGUGUCCCCCGAGAGAGGGACCAGCUUUACAACAGGCUCCUCUCAUCGCUGCAACCGUCCUUCAGCGCGCUUCGUGGCCAACCAGAGCACCAGUGCCGUUGAGAAGGAAACCAUGCACACCACAGUCGAGACCACGUAUAUCGCAGAGGGCAUGGUAGCGGAUGUCCUGGCAAAGAUCCAUCCAUAG